GGGACUGCUUCAGACUAGAAGUAUAGUGGAAUCCCAAGCAGAUGUAGCACAGCGCUUUCCAUGGAGAGGCAAGUCGCUUUGUUACUUGCCCUGUGCGCGAUGUUUCUUUGGGGCUCUUGGGCCAACACAUUGCUUCUCUUUCGAACUCGCUUUGAACUUUACCUUUUCAACUACAUUUUGGGACACUUCCUUGCCGGCUUCCUUAUGCUUCAGGAUGCUUUACCAUGUUUGCAUGCUGUUACUGGGACAACAGGUAUGAUUGUCAUUCUUGUCAGUGGUCUAGCAGGCGCCUUGUUUGCCCUUGGAUCCCUCCUGGCAGUUGCCUCUCUAGACCUGGUUGGCAUGGCUUUGCCAACUCUUGUACUGUUGAGCAUCGAGAUGGCUCUCGGCAUGCCUUUGCUUUUGCUCCUGGAAGGUUGGGAUACACCAGCUCAACUUAUGUAUUCAAUCUUGGGAAUUUUAGCAGUGCUUGUAGCUGCCACAUUAGAUGCCUGGUGCCAUUCGUCCCUACAAGAAGAUCGUGCGAGUAGAGAGAGGGAGGAGGUUGGCCAGUGUUUGGAUUUGUCCGGCCAAUUUAGCAGCUUGAGCUUUUGGUCCUUCCGGGCGACAUCUGCAGCUGCAUCAAUGAUGCCAGGAAGUUUGGCCAGAAGUUUGUCCCCUGAAGCCACGACUCGUCUCACAUUCCUGACACAUGGCUCCGUCCUUCCGAGCUCUAUUAGUGGAUCACAACAGGUCCUUACGGUGCACAGCGGCACCGUCCUCAGUGGACGGCGUUUCAAGCAUGCACAGCUUGGCCUUGUUUUGGCUGCAGGUGGUGGAUUCUGCUUUGCUGGGUGGCCAUGUGUGGCUUCAAUCGUGGAAGGACAGAGUCGUUGGGUGAUUUUCUCUGUGCAGUUGAAUGCUUCAGCUUUUUUCUUUAUCUACGCAUUUGGAGCUGUGAUCGCCGUGAUCCUCCUUUUGCCACCACUUUGCCGUCGCCCACUUCACACUGGGGUUCCCUUGAAUUUCUGGAGAAGUUAUUCGGAGCUGACUAUUUGGCAACACUUUUUGGGCUUGUGUGGUGGAUUUGCCCAUGGCCUUGGAUGUUUGUUGUCCGUACAAAGCGGACAUGUCUUAGGAAAUGCCAUGGCCAUGUCCAUCACGCGCUGUCAGCCCUUGGUCUGUGCAAUUUGGGGAGUUCUUGUUUGGGGAGAGCUCCAAGGUGCUCGCUGCAAGACCAUUCUGAUCCUUCUGGCCAUGCUAUUGAUGUUUGUUUUGGCCUUGAUUUGCUUCUUCCUUUCUUUCCUUUUUGCCGGCCAGAAUCAAGCAUGAUGAAACCACUGCAGGGUUUGGUCCAGUGCAUUAUUGCCUGUGCUGCAAAGUCAGCAUCUAGGUUAU